UCGUCAAUCCGUGACCAGCACUCGCGAAUAAAGAAGUCGGAUUUAAGAUGGUCAAACUCAUGAAAUUCGUCGUUCUCACGGCCGUUCUUUGCUGUUUUCUACCAACGACGGUUACGGCCACUUCGGGCGAUUGGGGCGAAAUUGAGCGCUGCCCCGAAGGUGAAGUUGCCUUUGGAUUUUCAUUGAAAAUUCAGCAAGAGGAAGAAGACGGUGCAGUAACCGGCAUUUCUCUGAGAUGCACUGAGCGUGUUUGGAUUUACUCUGCUCAAGGAUCAACGGGAAAAUGGGGCAGACAAUUCAUGUGCCCGGGCAUGGGUUCGCUUAGAGCAUCCAAACUUCGUGUUAAAACUAAGGAAGAAGGAGAUGUCACGGUGGUCACCAAUGUGAGUGUCUUUUGCUACCCCAACUAUGAUCAAGACAGCGAGAUGAGAGGGCAUGGUUUCAUUUUCGGCGAUUGGAAAGCAAUGGAACUUUGCGAAUACGGCAUCAUUGGUCUACAGACAUUGGUGAGCAACAACGCUGUCAGCAACGUUAAAUUCAUUUGCUCGGGAUGGCGGCCAAAUUGGUGGGACAGAUAAACAUGACAGCAGUUUUAUUAGUUUUAUUGUUUGACGAUUCAAAACUUGUUUUUCUUUGAUGCAUUUUCGUUCUUCUGACUUGUGGGAUCUUGUUCUUGGGGUUGGCUGACUAUUUCAAAGGCUAUUUCUUCACUGGUGUAUCUUUAGACAACUAACGAAUUGCGGUCAACUGUGUGAUGAACCAACAAUUCGUUAAUUCAUAGUAAACAAUUUCAAAGCGUCGAAUACAGUCAAUUGGAAAUUA